UGGCGUCAAGAUGGCGAUGGAGAUGAGGCUUCCCGUGGCUCGCAAGCCUCUUAGCGAGAGCCUGGGCCGUGAGACGAAAAAACACCUGGUAGUGCCGGGGGACACGAUCACCACGGACACAGGCUUCAUGCGGGGCCAUGGGACCUAUAUGGGGGAAGAGAAGCUCAUUGCAUCUGUGGCUGGCUCUGUGGAGAGAGUAAACAAGUUGGUCUGUGUGAAAGCUUUGAAAACCAGAUAUCAUGGUGAAGUGGGAGACAUUGUAGUGGGGAGAAUCACAGAGGUUCAACAGAAGAGGUGGAAGGUGGAGACCAACUCCAGGCUGGAUUCAGUCUUGCUUCUCUCGUCCAUGAACCUUCCCGGAGGAGAGCUGAGGAGAAGAUCUGCAAAAGAUGAGCUGGCGAUGAGAGGUUUCUUGCAGGAAGGGGACCUUAUCAGUGCUGAGGUCCAGGCAGUGUUUGCUGAUGGAGCUGCCUCUCUGCACACGAGGAGUCUCAAAUACGGGAAACUAGGUCAGGGCGUUUUGGUUCAGGUCUCCCCCUCCCUGGUGAAACGGCAGAAGACUCACUUCCAUGACUUGCCAUGCGGUGCCUCAGUGAUUCUGGGCAACAACGGCUUCAUCUGGAUCUACCCAACCCCUGAGCACAAAGAAGAGGAUGCAGGGGGCUUCAUUGCAAACCUGGAGCCUGUCUCCCUUGCUGAUCGAGAGGUGAUCUCCCGGCUUCGGAACUGCAUCAUCUCGCUGGCAACUCAGAGAAUGAUGCUGUAUGAUACCAGUAUCCUGUAUUGCUAUGAAGCAUCCCUUCCGCAUCAGAUCAAAGACAUCUUAAAGCCAGAAAUAAUGGAGGAAAUUGUGAUGGAAACACGCCAGAGGCUUUUAGAACAGGAGGGAUAAGGAGAGGCACCUGAAGGACAGGACUGUGUGUACCUGACCGGAGCAGUCCUUGAAAGUGAACAGUUUGCUUGGUGGUCCCCAUGUGCAGCUCAGUGAAGACCUGGGGAGCUCAUCACUUUACCUACAAGGGGCCGCCUCCACCCUCAAGACCUGCUUUCUCCUGUUUUAAGGCAAAGCCUGGGGGAAGGUGAACAGCACUGCCGGACCCUUGGGUUGCCCACAGAGUUUUGGUACUAGGAGUAGUUUCAGGCCCUAAAAGCACUCAGUGUUCCAGCUGAGUGGACUCCUAUCCUGGAAUAAUACAAGGAAUCUUUUGUCCUGUACUUACCAUCAACUCACCAGGCACAAUGCCCCAUGAAAUUGCCUGUAUAAAAAACAUGGCCUCCCUGACCCCCAAAUUGUCUGUUUUGGCCUCCAUUCCCACCUCCUCUACAGCGCGAGUACAGCACUGAAGAAUAUAGUUGGUAAAGUUAACCCAAGAAUCAAAUGGAAGAAUAAAGCAACCAAGCAGCCUUUUGCUUGGUUGGAAUCUUAUUUCCCAUUGCGUGUUCCUCCUAGUGAUAGAUGCGAGUAUAUUCCCGCCAGGCUGCCUUAAUCUGUCCUGCCUUCAAGGAUGAUUUGUAAGAAGUUGAAUUAUUGAUAAAAGAGAAUGAAUGUUUUGGGUACUCUGAUAAACAUGAAAACAAAGUAAGAAAAAUGGAGAUGGGAAAAGAAAAGGUGUUUUCCUCCUACAAUUGAAGGAGUAAUGCAUUAACUUUUCAAUAAUUCAGGGUUAAAAGGUAAAAACAAGAUGUUGAAGUUCUCAGUGGGAAAGGCUAGAAUGUCUAUGCAUUGUUUUUCGGAUGACUAUCUAAAAAUGAUGCCCUGAUUUGGGUUUUGGGAAACAUUCUUUUAAAGUCAGUAUUUGAGAGUGCUAUGUGGUGAACUGUUUUUUUAUAUUUAUAAA